AGAAAAAAAAUAGAAAAAGUUUUUACAUGUAGCUUACUUACUUCUAGCAAACAAACAGUAGAUAUAAAAAUUUACCAUGAUGAAAAACGUGUCGAGAAAAAAGACAAACCAAGAACCGAAAAUAUGGGUGAAAAUCCUAAAUGAUCUUAUGAAUCAAGAAAAAUUUCUCAAGAGUGCCAAAAGUGUUUUAGAACAAGAAACACUUUGUUUGCAAAUAGAUAAGAUGAAAUUGCGUGCAAGCCUAAGACAAGUUAAAAUAAAAGUUGAACCCAAUGACUUUGAUGAUGAAUGUAAAGAAGAAGUUGAUGAAUAUAAAGAUAUAUUUGAUGCAGUUUCAAAUGAACAAGAAAAUAGUAGAUACGAGCCAGUUAGUUUGCCUGAGCCGUAUAGUAUACAAAUCAAGGGAGAACCUGUAGCAAAUGAAGAACUGCAACAUGUAAAUACAAAACAUGGUCUCUUUGCUCAAACACCAAUCAUAUCCAAGGUCAAAGACUGUUAUUCCUCAGUUAUGUCCAGCCAUCAGCUGGAGGAUGAAACUUCUAGAAGAAAUUCUUCAAGUGGAUUUGAUGAUUAUCUGUAUGGAAAUUUGCAAAUUAUGGAAACUGAAGACAGAGAUUAAUUAAUGCUGACUAUUUGUGUACAUAUUGUUUGUGAUUUUGUAUCUGUUGAAAACAUAUUGUUUGUUAUUUUUGCUUUAUUGAUUUUUUUGCCUGUAAGCAG